AUGACCNCGGCCGCCUCGGGAGCCGUGGGCAGGCCGCAGACUCAGCUGGCCCCGGAAGAGGAGAUCCAGGUUCGGCUGCUGCCCACGGGCCCCGGGGAGGAGACCUCAGGGCCCGAGGGCACCGUCCAGGUGCCCCGGACGGCGCUCUCCGCGCGGCGCUUUGUGGUGCUCCUGAUUUUCAGCUUGUACUCGCUCGUCAACUCCUUUCAAUGGAUCCAGUACAGCAUCAUCAGCAACGUCUUCGAGGGCUUCUAUGGCGUCUCCUUGCUGCACAUCGACUGGCUGUCCAUGGUGUACAUGUUGGCCUACGUGCCCCUUAUCUUCCCGGCCACCUGGCUGCUGGACACCAGAGGCCUGCGACUCACCGCCCUCCUGGGCUCCGGCCUCAACUGCCUGGGCGCCUGGGUCAAGUGCGGCAGUGUGCAACAGCAUCUCUUCUGGGUCACAAUGCUGGGCCAGUCCCUGUGCUCGGUGGCCCAGGUGUUCAUCCUAGGCCUGCCCUCCCGCAUUGCCUCAGUGUGGUUUGGGCCCAAGGAGGUGUCCACAGCUUGUGCCACCGCCGUGCUAGGCAAUCAGGUAAGGACUAGGGUGACAGAUGAAAAUUGGAUCCUGAAAAGGACCAGAAAAAGUCACAGGCCAUCAUUCAAAGAAAAGCCUCCCUAUCCACCCAGUCAGGCCCGAGCAGCGAUUCAGGACAGCCCCGCUGAAGAGUACUCCUAUAAGAAAUCUAUAUGGAACCUAUUUAAAAACAUCCCUUUUGUCCUUCUGUUGAUCACUUAUGGUAUCAUGACUGGAGUGUUUUAUUCAGUUUCAACACUAUUAAAUCAAAUAAUACUGACAUAUUAUGAGGGAGAAGAAGUGAAUGCUGGAAGGAUUGGGCUAACACUAGUAGUAGCUGGAAUGGUGGGCUCCAUUCUUUGUGGCUUAUGGCUAGAUUAUACCAAAACAUACAAACAGACUACUCUGAUAGUUUACAUUUUGUCUUUUUGUGGAAUGGUUAUAUUUACUUUUACACUGGACCUUGGAUACAUUUUGAUCGUGUUUGUUACUGGAGGGGUGCUUGGUUUCUUCAUGACUGGUUACCUCCCCUUGGGUUUUGAAUUUGCUGUUGAAAUUACUUACCCCGAAUCAGAAGGCACUUCAUCUGGUCUUCUUAACGCUGCUGCACAGGUAUUUGGAAUUUUGUUCACAUUGGCGCAAGGAAAACUCACAUCAGAGUACAGUCCGAAGGCAGGAAACAUUUUCCUCUGUGUUUGGAUGUUUGUAGGCAUCAUUUUAACAGCAUUAAUCAAGUCUGACCUGAGAAGACACAAUAUAAAUAUAGGAAUUGCAAAUGGUGAUAUUAAAGCUGUACCAGUUGAUAGUCCGACAGAUCAAGAGUCAAAAACUGUUAUGAUGUCCAAACAGUCAGAAUCAGCAAUUUGAGGUGAAAGGAAAAGUUAAUAUCAUAUAACACUUGAGCAGUGAGGUUUGUUUUAUAGGUUAUGGGGAAUGGACACGUACUUGAAAGUUAUUAUAGGACCCUUACAUGCAGUUAUGGUUUUGCAUAAUUGUGAAUUUAAGCAAUAUUUUGCUUGAAAUACUUUUACUUACCUCAUUUUAACACUACCAUUUACCUAAUGUGUGUCCCAUUUUUAGUCGUAUAUUGUCAAUCUGAAAGUAAUCUUCUCGACAUUUAUUUUUCAAAAGUGUUCUUCUUUUGUAGAAAAUAGAAGCUUUGAGAGCUUUUAAAAUGAUAAUGUGGCGGUCUAAUCCCUUAAGCCACAUAAAAGUACAUGCAGUUUAUAUGUUAAAAUAUCCAGUAGAACCAAGUGUACGAUAUAUUGCUAAUUGGCCCCCUUUCAGCUGUUCUGACUAGCUGUGGGAGCCCCCUCAG